UUCGUGUGCUGAAGCAUUCUUCACCUCACUUUCCUCAUCUCACCCCCUUUCCCUCAGGCACUGAAUAUUACCUGGAACGACGACAUUUUCUUCUUCUCUUUACAUAUUAAGCGUCAGUCCAGCCAAACUGCGCAAACAAGCAACAGCUCUCUAUUUCUUUUGUCAUGAACAAUAUACCGAAAGGGGGAGGAAGGGAAUCGAGCAGACAAUCUAUCAGAUCCAUUAUUCUAUAUACUGGUCAAAGAGGUGGAUAUGGUGGACGGACAAAGAUUAAAAAGAAGGAUGGCUUCACUCGGAAUGGUCAGCUCAUUGAUGAACGACUAGUUUUUUUUUGUCUUGGUGUUUUUUGUUGUGGAUUUUAUUUGGUUGAUAUCUUAUUUUUUUUUAAGCGCAAAAAGCGAGAGAGCAUGACUGGUUUAUUCUCCCCCCACCCUCUGUCUACCCUUUUAUUUGAUUAUCUUUUCAACACUCAUCUCAUCGUCAACUGUGUUUAUUCUUCUGCCUUUCGUUCUAACCACAUGGUGGGUUAGGAUGAUGUAAACUCAACAUUAAAAAGAAAAAAGUAAAAUGAAAUCUCUUUCCAUCUUUGAUGAGGGUGGCUAUCGAUAUAUAUAAAUAUAUUUGUAUAUCUGUCACGCUUAUGAUUCUCCGAAGGACUCGUUCUGUGACUGUAUUG